AUGGGUUGUGAAGAAUCCAAGCCGGAUCAGACCCAGGAGUGGACGGAGGCACAGCCAGCGGAGGGCGGACGACGCAUAGAAGUGCUAAUUCCAGACGGAGCCGUCGAAGGAGCUCAACUUGAUUUCAAAAGCCCUGAUGGAGUCUGGAUGAAGGCAACGGUACCGGAAGGGUAUAACCCUGGCGACAAGAUAUCCGUACUGGUUCCAGACGAAGCCCCGAAGAAGGAAAAGAAGUUCAAGUCUCUGCACCAGGCCUUCCAGCACAUGGACAAGAAGUUUACCGGCUACAUCACGGAUCACAGCCUGUUCGCUGAGGUUGCCAAAGACCUUCUCGGCCUUGAAGGCACCACUGAGGAGAUUUGGAGCACUCUCGACCAGGAUGGCAAUGGGCAGGUGAACUGGCCAGAGUUUGUGGAAUGGGCGGAGGCGAAUCACGUGGAGCUGGAGCUAGGUGCUCCAGGUUUGGGUGCCGACGGUGCCGUCGCCUUCCCUCCCCUCUGGCAGGGACCAAAGGACGACCCAUCCUUCGUCGGGCAGUAUGAUGUCGAAGAUGAUGACCAUUUCAAAGAGCUCAUCGAGCUGGUGCGAAAGACCUACAAGAAGGUCUGGACACGAGAUCGCAAGAAGACGGGGUCGGACAAAGUUCCCGCAAGCUUUGAGCUUGUGAAGGCCAAGCGCUGCGAGAACUUGAAAGACUGGAAGCGCUACUACUUCCGCCGCCACCAGAUCGCCCACGCUUGCAGCCACAAGACCGGCUUCAUGAAGAGACCAGUCCUGACAAGUGAGGCGAAAAAGCUAUCCAAGAGGCAAGGGCUGCGAGGUCACUGCAACGAGUGGUUCCUGUUCCACGGAACCAGUCCUGAAGCUGCAAAGUCCAUCCUCUCCGGAUCUGGCGAUUUCACCAUCAGCCUGGCCGGGUCGGCAACUGGCACGCUCUACGGCAGAGGCACAUACUUUGCAGAGUCCAUCACGAAGGCGGAUGAAUAUGCGAAAGAAGAUGAUGACGGCCUUUGCUGCGUGUUGGUGUGCCGAGUUGCUGCAGGGCAUGUCCUUUACAACGAUGAGGUCACCCCAGAUGCUGACAAGCUGCAGCAGAGCUGCAUCUCUGGAGAAACCCAUAGCAUUCUUGGCGACCGCGAGAAGUGCCGAGGCACUUUCAAGGAGUUCGUUAUCUUCGAUGCAGAUCAGGUCUAUGUCGAGUACGCCUUGUUCUACCGACGGAAGUACCAUUGA